AUUGAUGUUUGGAUUACGCUCUGAAAUUUGUACGUUUUCUCGAAAAUUGUUGAUAGAAUCAUCGAAUCUCUGGAAUUAUUAGAAAGAUAUCGUACAUGUACAUGGUUGUCAACCCAUGACGCCGCCCUCACCAGAAUGCAACAAUUGGUGGCCCUAUCACAACGACCCCUAGAGGCGUUAGCAUGAACUACUUAUUCGUAUUUCUGUGGAUAUCGACAUGUAUCGCCGUGGCUUGUGCUUGUCCCCCACGAUGCACCUGUACUACGAUGAGGUCACGUGAGUCGCCCAUCUCACAGGGGCGUAAGGUGGUGUGUGCAGGCAUGCCCAAUGCCCAGUUUCGGUCCCUUGAGGAGAUACGCUUGACCAGUCUUCCUUUGGAUACGUUGCAACUGUCUCUCAAGGGUAACCAGCUGACCAUCAUCAAGCACGGAGCUUUCAAGGGUCUCAACGCGUUGCAAAAACUGGACCUCAGCAAAAACAAGAUCGCCGUGAUUGAACCUGGAGCAUUUCUCGGACUCGACAACCUCGAGCGACUGGAUCUCUCCGAGAAUGCCCUUGGUAAUAUCAAUGCCAGCAUGUUCACUGGCCUCGGGAAGGUCACCAGAGUGUCGCUGUCCAAGAACCAGCUGAAGACAAUUGCAGAAGGAUCCUUCCAGGAGUUGGCAUCUCUCAAGAAGAUAGACUUUCAGUCCAAUCUCCUCAUGUGUGACUGUCACAUUCAGUGGAUUAUCAAGUGGUCCAAGUCGAAUGUGAGAAUCUCAGACAACACCAAGUGUGCAUUCCCAAGAGACCUGGCAAAGCGUCCACUCCGCUCCAUGAAGAGGAAGGAUCUCCACUGCAACUGGCCUAUUGAGCUUCCCCUGUUUGUCAUCAACCCCUCCAAGAGUCAGGUCGUGUUCCAAGGGGACGAACUCCCGUUUGAAUGUCGGGCGUCUGCCAUUAAUGCCAAAACAGACGUCGUCUGGUUCCGCGAGGGAAAGAAGGUCGAGACGAACCAGUCUGCUGGCAUCAUGGUGUCGACGAGACCGUCGGAUAACAACAAGGUCAUCAUGAAUCGUUUGACGCUGCGGAACUUGGAGGUCAAGAACUCCGGGAUAUGGAUGUGCCAAGUUCAAACGCCGCAAGGGAACGCGUCGAAAACCGUCAACAUUGUUGUGAUUUCCGACAACACUUUGCAUUGUCCGCGGACGGAGGUCCAGACAAAUCGGGGUUGGUUCAAGUGGCCUAAGACCGUCUCGGGCGUGUCCAUCGAACAUGUGUGCGAAACUGGCAGGUCGGCGAGUUAUCACGGAAAGGCGGUGCCCAAGGCGUACUAUACGUGUAGCGCGGCCGGGAAGUGGGAGAACCUGGACACGAUGCAGUGUCAGUACAUGAUGGAAAUGACACGGGUCUUGGAGCAGUAUAGCAUGCUUCAACUGAACCAUUCCAACGUGUAUGGGAAGGCAGUUGGUCUGCGGCAGUAUAUCGGGAAUGGUUACAGCCUCCAGGACAAGCUCGAUGUCGUAUAUAUUUCGGAUAUCAUUGGCAAGCUGAGUGUAUUCGUCUCGACAAAUCAGGAGCUCGUCGAUGUGAUGUUGGACGUGAUCAGUGUUGUGAUGGAGCUGCCCGAUAGUCUGCUGAUGGACGCGCAGAAAACACACCAGGCUUGCUCCAGAAUGAUCCAAGUGAUCGAACACAUCCCCAACAUCUUACUGGACAGCAAGAAGUACUCGAGCCACUAUUCCAAGGGCGUGGCAUUCGAGGCAUUCAAGAUCCGGCCUGAGAGUUUUAGCGGCAUGACGUGCUCCGUCCAAUCAAAUCCACCCAAGAAACUGAACGAGAGCAACUUUCGAUGCCAUGAUCUCGAUGAUAAAGCUAUUUUUGAUGAAAAGAAUCCGCGAGCGUCUAUAACUCUUCCCAGUCCGUUACUGAAGAACAUGCGUGGACUCUAUGGCAUAACCGGACCGAGUUUUAAAGUCCAGUUUGUCGUCUACAAGAAUGCCAAGCUGUUUCCGAUUGUGUCCUCUAGUGUCGGAUCGGAGUACGAAGCACGAUUGGCCGUCAUGACAAAUAUCAUUUCUAGCAAGAUUUCUGAAGCACCCGUUGAGAAUCUGACCACACCUAUCAUCAUCAGACUUCAGUCAGCUCAAUCAUCGUCCAAAUUCUGGCCUGUCUAUUGGGACUUUAACGCCAACAAUGGCAUCGGCGGUUGGAUAACAAACGGCUGUAAGAUCAUCCGCCAGGAGGGCAAUCAGACAGAGAUGCGCUGUUCACAUCUGACCAACUUCGGCGUGAUGCAGGUUCGCGGUCCAAUCCCGCUGGAGCUUUUCAUCAUGGAACCAGUCGUGUACGCCGGUAGCCUGGUGUGUGUCCUUUGUAUGAUGACAACCAUUGCGUCAUACUGCAUGUGUCAUAGAAAUAUUAUCGUCACAAAGAAGCUGAAACACUCCGUGGUGAACAUCUGCCUUAGUAUCCUCAUCCUUAUCAUGGUGUUCACGAUGGGCGUGCUACGCACCGACCAUCUCCUUGCGUGUCAGAUCAUCGGAAUCAUCAUCCAUUACUUCUCCAUCUCAGCGAUAUUUUGGAUUACGAUUACUACCAGCAAUAUGUAUAAAAAGAUCGCCAAGGCACAGCGCCCUCCGCCGCCCCCUGAAGAUUUCCUCGAGCCAAUCCCGCCGCGGCCGAUGAUACGCUUCUAUCUCCUCGGCUACGGUGUCACGUUAAUCAUCUGCGGAAUCACGGCAGCCGUCAAUAUGAAACAUUACGCCGGACGAGAUUAUUGUUUUCUGUCCGCGGAGCUGAGCAUGGGUGCCUUAGUCGGGCCGGUUGGGGUGCUACUGCUGACCAAUAUAGUGCUAUUCAUAUGUAUAGGGUGCGCCCUGAAGGGAACAAACAAUGGGUCGCUCGAGUCAACCGAUACUGACGAUAUUGAACUCACAGAGGGGGCCACUUGUGCGCAAACGAACGCAACCAAUGACUCGGCGUCGACCACGACGAUCGUCGAUAAGGAGCAUCGGGCGAUAAGUCAGAUGCGGGCGCUGAUUAUUUUGAUAUUUUUGUAUAUAUUCAUGUGGACUACUGGUGCUCUCUUGAUUGCAAAACCAUUCAAGUUCGCGUGGAUUUUGCCGUACCAGGAGAUGAUAUUUAGUUACUUGUACGGUUUCGCCAGUGCCGCGCUGGGGAUAUUCAUUCUUGUGUUUUACUGCUUGUCGCGGCGUGACGCGCGGACAAGUUGGAAUCGGUUCUUAUGCUGUGAGCCGCAGCAGCGGAUGUACGACAUACAAGUCCCGGCGCAACCGGCGAUGCAACCGAUCGCCCAUAUGCCAAAGCCGAAGCAGAAGAUGCCACAGGCGAACGGUCAUGUGACUCAGGAAACGGUUAUCAGCGGUCACGAGUCAGGAUCCGUGACUGAUAAGUCGAUGCAAUCUGGGACUCAUAACGGUGGGCUAAACGGUACCUUACCGCACCGCAAUGGCGGCCCUAAACAAAACAAGUCAAAUGCUAAUCUAGUCGCAUCUCAAACUGUUACAUAUACGGAGCCAUCUGUUGUCAGUGUUCACCAGGUGGCACCCAGUCACCAUCAGUCAGGUCCGGUCCAUCACCAAUCAGGGAACGUUCACCAACCGCAGGAGUUACCCGUCUCCGUCUUUUAUAAUCCACGCCAAAACGUCAUCGCCAACAAAUUCUGGGAACGCAAGCGGCGCCACCAGGUCCGCCGUGAUCACCUGCAACAUAUAAACAGUAAAGAGGCAAAAACGGACCAGAGUCAGAGCUCGCUUGAUAAGUGUUUAACCGCGGCAAUGGAGUCGAAUAAACGCCACAGUAAUGGUACAAACAGCGACAUCUGUAGCGUGGAGAUUCAGAGUUAUUUCACUGACAGUAUCGGGCGGAAGGCUUCCUAUAAGCCAGGAUUGUCGAAUAUAUCCGGUUCGGCGUCGUCCGUGCCCAUGGACCGGAACCAGAUGAUUCCAGUCGGUGCACAGCAGCCGCCUCAGUGUAGCUCUCCGACUGAGAGGAAUAAGACUCCCUCCGGGCAUACGUUACCGCCCACCCCUCAUAAUCAAACCUCACCUGGAUGUCCUGAAUGUCAUGAUUCAUCACCAGGGGGCUCUCUGACAUUUCCACCUCCGCCGCCACCAAUAGCAUUAGUGACACCGCUAAGCGGUGGGUUAAAAAUGCAAGGGCCACCGGCCCCUCAGAUCUGUUGUGGUCCGGAAUGUGUCACAAUUAUGACGUCAUUUUCAAAAGUUUGUGACGAAUGUGCUAUGAAACAGCAAAAGCAGGGUAAUGAACUUCCUCUCAUCGAGAACUUGCAGCCCAAACGUCACUGGAUGCAACCUCAUUCUAAAUCUCGUCCCCAUUCGUCGGGAUCCGACGGCCAUAAAAAUAAAUCUCACGAAUCGGUCACGGACGACGAUUGUCAUCGGACUAAAUUUCAUUCGCUUGAUAAUGAUAAAGAUGGCCACAGAAAUCGUGACAGUUUCUUGGAGCAGAUUGAGCAGCGCAUACCGCCGCGCCGCCGACCCUUAUCUCCGGCCAAAUCAGACACUACGCACUCGCACAUGGCCGAUUCGGACAGUCAGGUGGAUCGCCGUCACAAGCACCGACAUCAUCGGCAUCGCCAUGGCGACCAUCGUCACCGGCGACGCAGCGGAUUGUCGAAGCAGAGUUCGUGGGAGGACGAGUUUAAAGAUCGGCCACGGAAACACCAUGCGUAUGCGCAUGUCCCGCAGGAGCACCGGGAUAAAUCAAUCCCGACCGGAAAGCCGCCAUACAUGGUGGAAAGUGGCAGUCGCUCAUCGUCAAAUUUCCCGCGCUCCGUCUCGGCCUAUGAGCAGAUGGCGAAUGGGUUGUUGGAAAAUAUGGAUAACUCGUCAUCGAGUUCGGAGGACGAUCAGGGGAUGUGGUUGCCAAAGCGAGAUAAGAGACGAUGCAAAAAGGUCGAAGCAAGUUUGUUAGCGAACAAGAAGCCGAUUGCACCCACAGGAAACAGCAUAAACACUACCGUCUAGAGAUUGCACUAUAUGUCGCACCGUAUAUGCACAUGACGCCCCUCCACACCCUCGGGAUGCGGUGUCACGCAAAUGGCGCAAACUUUCAAAGACUUUGCGGCGUCAUCGUGAAGUAAUACUGUGUCACGGAUUUUCCACAAACAUUGAAUUUGCUGCAGUUGUGAGAUGUCCUCGCAAUUGACUGCUCAUACGCAAACCAGAGAUUUUUGUUGAUGCAACCUGUGAUAAUUAUCGUUGCAUUGACAGACAAACGAUUGCUUGUCUGUGUUAAAAAACUGGUCAUCACAUGUCGCAGCAAUGACUGAUGAUUGAUGCAGGCAACCACUGCAAAAUUGGAUGCUUUUGUUUGAUGCGAUAAUUUUUGCAGGUUGCAGUGAGAAAGCUUCUUGUUUGCGGAUACUUUAAAGUGAUCUUCUCCUAAUUUGCAAAUGAGCGUUUAGAAAAACUCACUAUUUUCUGUACAUAACUGCUGUCAUGGAUGCACGAAGCACUAUCAUGGCAGAGUUGUAAGAAAGGGAGUCUUUCGUUUUUUGAUUACAACUUUUUUGGCAACCCAAUGUGGUCUUGUUGGAAAGACUUGAAUUCAAUAAGUGGGGAAAGAUCGCCCAGUGCCUUUUUGUGGGUUGAGGAUUAACCACGCCUCAAUCCUGCAGAAAAAAUUAUCAUAUCACCUCAUCCAAUUAUUCUGAUUGGACACGCUGGGCAUAGAACCUUGUAAACGAUAUGAGUGGUUGGAUUUUGACAUUGGACCGAAUGCCUUCAGUUCAUACCUCUCGUGAAUGAUGAUUUCAAGGUGAUAUUCGUGUUUCUCUGCAGAAUUGUGGACAUGGAACUGGUUAAUGCUCAGCCCACAUUUUGUUCGGCCAAAGGAAAUGGCUUUCUAAAUAUUUCUUGUAUUAUGGGUUGGCCACCACCAUUUUGGGUAGAACUUGAAAUCCUAAAGCAAUUAGAACUCCUUCAAACUGGAGUAAAUGCCAAUGUUAAGGGUGGGAAUCGGUUCUUUCUUUAUCGGAGAACAGACUCCCUGGUUUGAGAUGGACUUUCACUUCAUUUUGAGAAAAUUCUAUUUCAAGUUCAAGCAAAAUGGUGAUGCCUAUGGCCAACCCUUAAAUGAACUUGCUAACAUUUGUAUGUAUUUUAUUGACAAUUUUGCAGUGUUCACCGUGAAAACAUUUCUAGCAGGGCGGAAACCGUUGCGUAUUUUGUCAUUCGAAAGAGAUUUGGCAUUUGGCAAGUCCGUAACAAAGACAAUGGGGGGGGGGGGGUUAUUUUGAUAUUGUUUUCUCCAGUAACCUGAAGAUCUGGGCUUGGGUCCGGGUCUGUGAUGACCAAAACAAAUGUCUUAGGAAGAAACCCAUACAAAUUUACGCCACUGAAAUAUGACCAAUUAUUUAUACUUUUCCUAGCCUGCUUUAAAUUGCCACGGAGAAUGCUCACUGGUUUGCAUUUCUUAUGGGAUUCCUGGCCGAAGUUUUCGAUGGUCAGAGGAUUGCAUAAUAUUUACAACAAUCACCUCGAUAGUAUUGACAAUCUUGGAGCGAAUGUCGUCAAAUGAUCGCGUGCAGGGUAUCCAUGAUUUUGUGUUCCGCAUUGAGAUUAGGCCUAUGGCUGCGACAUGCGAUAUUUAUCGCUGAGACGUGUGGGUGCUCGGCCAACAGGGUAGGGGCAAAGGCAAAUACGCAACUGAAAUAACCAUGUAGUGCUCCCUAUUGUCAAUUUUGCCAGAUGUUAGUAUAGGCUUAUGUAAUAAGGUUACCGCUUCCUAGAGAAAUGUAUCUAAAAAUCUCUUUUCUAUGCAAUGAUUUCAUUAUGCUCCUCUUGUAGUGCAAGUUGCAUGCAAGUUGCUACUUACAACUAGUACUUCGAGUGACAUGCAUUUUGUCAAUGCAUUUCUUGCCCUUUCUGAAUCAAUGCUUGACCACAGUGCCAGCCGUAGCAUUGCAACACAAAAAUUUGGCAAAUUGGCUCAUUUUCAUCUGGCGAAAGACUGAAUAUCGAGUUUGUUGCCAAAAUUCAAUGAUAAGUGCAUCUUCACGCUUUUAAAGUUUGCAUUUUAUGCUGCUUUUGCGAAAAAUAAAACUUGCGAAAAAUUUCACGAUUUGCGGUAACCUCUCUCCCACGACGCAUCAGUUAUUGAGAGACGUCACGUACAAUACGAACUUGUAGGCACAUUCAACCUUUGAGGAGAGUAAAAUGGAAAAAAUGUCAUCGGCCUUUCUUUAUGGACUAUUUGUUGUAGGCAGGGCUACAGUUUGUUGGAGAUAUGUGGCUUGUAAUCUGUGGGUACAGCAAGCCUUGCUUAAAAUAAUCUUGCCUGUUGCAUGCUAUAAAAGGUCUUGUCCGAGGCAGGCUUCAUUCGUGUCUAUUUAUUGUUUUAAAAGAAAUAUUAAAGUAUUUCAGCACAAAUUUGAAAAAUUUGCCAACUACAUGUGUAUCAUGUCUGAUUUUUUAUCGGGAUUUUGAUUCUCUCUAUACAAUAUAGAGGGCUCUCUUUUAAAUAUGUAAAUUUCGAGUGCAAAUUAUGAUAAUGUAUGUAGAUGAGAGUAGUGCAUGGACUAUUUAUAUGAUAAGUAACUUAUGUGUGUAAUUUUAAAGGGUGGUGCGAAAAAAAUGUCCUGGUUGAUUUCAUUGACUUUAACAAAAACAAAAUGAUAUGAUCAUAUGUAUACAUGUUAUUUUGGAGUUUUGAACGACCCAGUAAAAAGAGAAAACCUAAGGUGGGAAUAUGCUCCCAUUGUUAAAUCUCAGCAGUUUUGGGUACCCCUCGGUAGUUGAUCUUUUGAGCUCGCAUCUGGGUAACAUUGCGGACUGUGUGGCAUUGACUGGGCCUCGAACCCAUGACCUUCUGAUCACAAAUCAGAUGCUCUUUCACUGUGCCACAGCAUUUCCCUCAGAAAUGGACAGAAAUCACAUGUAUUUUUGUGCGCCCUGCAAGUCAGAAAAUAGCUAAAACCUGGUGGUCUGCAUUGUAAUGCCUUUUGUCUCAAAGUAAGGGAAUCAACUCUGACAUUUCUUUCCACACUAUGUACAAAUAAUGUUCUUGUAUGAUUUAUUCUCUAAUUAAGACAUGAAUUAAUUAGCAUGUCUUGAAAUUGAGGAGUUAGAGGAGGAAGUUUUAUACUUUUCAUACAAUUGUUGCAAUAUACUUUAAUAUGUAGUUGUAAAAAUGAAAUUAUCUUUUAGUAUCAAUAAUCAUAAGGAGGUUGAUUCAAUGCCUUCUCCACAAGUGUAUGCACUAAAGUACAGUAGAACCUCCCUUAGCGGACACCUCUCUAUUAAGGACAACCUCUCUAUUAAGCACACUGCAUUUGGUCCCAAAUUGGGGGUUUCACUUUAAUUCGACCUCUGUAAUCAUGACACCUCUCAAUUUAUCCAGCACAUGUCAGUACCAGAGGUGUUCAUAAUAGAGAGGUUCUACUGUAUAUGGUUUUAAGAAAUUGAUUAAAAAUGGCUUAGUUACACUGUACAUAAUUCUUUAGAAUAAUGAAUUAUCCCUAACUUUUCAUGAAAGUUAUCAACACAGUUUGCAAAAUUUGAUUGUGGAGGGGUGGAGGGGGGGAAGAGGUGAAAUUCCCCCAAGUUCGAUAUGUUUUUAAAUGGGGAAGAAAGGGUAGAAUCGGUUUUAUUCUCAAAUUUUAUUUUUUUGCGGAGGUUUAAUCUCACCCAUGUGUUCAUAAAUUUUGGCAUGGUAUGACCCAUUUUAAAUCUUAGAACCCUUUUUUAAUUGGACACCCCUAGGAAAAUAUCUGGUGUUCCACGACAGAUAUCUGUUGAUUUGCAACACCACCAGCGUACCAGACUGUCAUACAACACUGCAUAUGAUAACCACAUGUUGUAACACUGAUAUCAGUGUAACAUUCAAAAACAGUGUUCCCAUUGUUGUCAGAAGACACAUUGUUAGUGUUCCCCUUGCCUGCUUAUGGAGACAUUGCCACAUGGACACUGCAGUGUUAUGAUAUUUGGUUAUCAUAGUGUUCUGCAACUUGACUUGAACAUUUUGUGUUUUGAACAUCAUUUUGGGUAACACUGCUGUCUGGUGUUCCUGGCUUAUCCCUAAUAUACAUUAUUGUUUCUGAAAAUAGAAUGUAUGAACACUGAUAUCAAAUCAUUAAAUGGCUUAUAACUACUUUAUUCAACACUGAUAACCAGUGUUAUCAUUGAUGAUUUAUUUGAAACACUGAUAUUAAGAGUUUUUAGGGUUUAUUCAGAGUUUUGUAACACUGACAAUCAGUGUUGUUUUUGAUAAUAACUUCUGUGCAACACUCACAUCAAGGUGCAUUUUCAGUGUUACUCACCAUCUGGUAACACCAACAAUUAAUAAAGACAAUCUAUUAACUCUUGGUAACACUGCUUUGAUAAUAACCUCCAUUUAACACUGAUAUCACUUGUUUUCAUGGCUUAGUACCAUUAAGUAACACUGCCAAUAUCAGUGUUAUGAAAUAUCAGUGUUAUCAAUUGAUUAGUGUUCCCUUGAUAUCCAGAAGAUUUUAAUCCUGGAUAUAUUGUGUUUUGUGACAAUUGUAAACCGCCAUACAUGUAUGUAGAGAUGAAUUAUACACCUAUUUAACAUGGAAAACAAUUCUUUUUCAUUCUUUUGAGGGUGGCUCUCUUUCGAGGACCUAUGUAGAUAUCUUUGACUCUACAGGGUGGCCCAGAAAACUUUUCCCUUGCACAGUAGAAUUCUAUUGCAUCUCCAUUGUGUGAGGGAAAAGUUUCUUGGGCCACCCUGUAGAUCUGUUAUGUUUUUGGGCCACCCUGUAGAUCUGUUAUGUUUUUGACAUAAAAUAAAAAAAGUGUAGCAUUUUUAUUGAUACACACUGUACAGUGGUGAUGGCUGCCUGUUAAAGGAAAGACUGCAUAGGAAUAAGCGGCUAGUUUUGAUAUUCACGAAAAC